GAGAGCGCAAUAAAGAAGCUUGCCACCCUGUGUGCCCCCGGGUCGUUCUUGAUGGCGAGAGCGACACCAGUGGGUAUGAGAAAAGGAGCCAUGGCAUGAGUUAAAACUGAAGUAAUUGGCAAGGAACAGAAAAUUGGGGGCUUGAGAGCCAUGGUAGGACAUGUGAUGUUUAUUCUAAGGAUAAUGGGAAUGUGUCAAGGGCUUUAAGCAGUGGAGUAACCCUUUAUGAUCGAUGAUUUUGAAAGACACCCCCCCAGCAGCUGUGCGGAGAUGAAGCAAGAGUGGAGGGAGAGAAACAAGAUAUGAGUUUAUUUCAUUUACUUGGUGGUAUAAAGGCUUGGAUCUACAGGAAGGCAAGCUGUGAAGAGAAAGAUGUGCAAAAUAUAUCAUAGAUGUGUUUGUUCUCAGAUGGAGAGGUCCCUGGAGACAGGCAACAUGAACAGAGUCCGGGAGUUUGUCUUGCUGGGCUUGUCCACCAGGGUGGACAUAAGGGAUGUCCUGUUUGCCAUCUUCCUGAACCGCUACGUGCUGACCCUCCUGGAGAACACGCUCGUCAUCUACCUCGUGUGCAGUCACAGCGAGCUCCACAAGCCCACGUACUUCUUCCUGGGCAACCUCAGCUGCCUGGAGAUGCGCUACGUGUCAGUGACCGUGCCCAGCCUGCUCGUGGGGCUGCGGACCGGUCCCUGCCAUGUGCCCUUCACAGCCUGCAUGACCCAGCUCUUCUUCUUCAUUUCCCUCAUCUGCACGGAGUGCACCCUCCUGGCGUCCAUGGCCUAUGACGGCUAUGUGGCCAUCUGCCACCCACUCCACUAUCCCCUGCUUAUGAGGCCCCAGGUCUGCCUGGGCUUGGCCCUGUCCUCAUGGUUGGGGGGGCUACUGGUCUCAGUGGCCAAGACGACAUGCAUCACUAUCCUUUUCAACUGCGGUCCCAACGUCCUCAACCACUUCUUCUGUGACGUCUCCCCUCUGCUCAACCUGUCUUGCACUCAUGUGGCCCUGACCGAGCUGGUGGACUUCAUCUCUGCCAUCAUCAUCUUCUGUGGGACACUGUUGGUAGCACUGGCCUCCUACUCUGCCAUCGGGGUGGCCGUGCUCCGCAUGCCGUCAGCCGCCGCCCGGCGCAAGGCCUUUUCCACCUGCGCCUCCCACCUGGUGGUGGUGGGCAUCUUCUACUCAGCAGCCCUCUUCAUCUACUGCCGUCCCAGCCGCAUCAAAUCCACGGACCUCAACAAGGUGCUGUCCGUCGUCUACACGGUGCUCACACCCAUGUGCGACCCUGUCAUCUACUGCCUGCAGAACAGGGAGGUGCAUGCGGCGCUUCGGAAAACUCUCCACUGACCUUGAUUCCGGUCUUGGGUCAUGGAACCUCUCAUCUCCGGACUGAAGAUCGGCCAUGGCCACGAAAUUCCACACAGAAUACUGGAAGGCGGAAGAAAAGCUGAAGGACUAUGUUUCCCAUCUAAUAAACAAGGAGUUCACGUCAAUGAAGAACAAAGUCUGAGUUACCCAUGGGAAAAGUGAAUAAUGUCUAUGAGAAAGCGGGUCAUCACAGAUGAAUGACAAGUGACUGGUAAACUCAAACGACAAGAUGGUCCACCUUAUUAGUAAACCAAGAAGUGCAAAUUUAACCCCAUCAUUUCAUUCCUAGAAUGAGAAAUGCUUACGGAUAUUUCUAUAUGUCCCCACAAGUAGAGCUAGGUCACAGAUACGGAGAUAUUUAUAGCAUCUUUGUAAAGAAAAGAGAAUUAGAAACAGCCUAAUAUCCAUCCACAAUGAAUGGAAUAAAUACAUUACAUACAUUCAGAGAUAAACACUGGGCCUGUAAAUAAAAGGAAAUAGAUUUA